CAAGACAAUCGAUGCAUUUUUAAAAGCAUAUACAUAUAUAAGACAUAAUUCUAGUGAGUCACGUCGUGAGAAGCGCCGCGCGCGUGGGCGGACCUGCGCGGGCGCACUUACAAAUUACGUUUACCUCCACGCCGAGCCCGCGAGUAAACUUAGCUUAUAGUAAACACGGUUCAACCGUUUCACAGAACGAAGGCGCUCAAUUGUGCGGCGAAGCGGCGACCUGUUAAUACCGUUUUGUACAUAUUCCAAAACAGGAAAAUGUUACCUGCAGCGAAGGGCGCACAAGGCAUUUUUUACGGAAAGCACAAUUUCAGCUUUCCAGCUCACAUGAAUUACGGAAUUUACUUUAUUGAGAGGAUAUUAAAUUUUAAAGAGAAAAGAGCGCUGGUUAAUGGGGCAACGGGCGAGGAAAUCACAUUUGGGCAGAUUGUCCGCGAAGUCGUAAACGUCUCUGCGUCUCUCGUGGAGCUCGGUGUGAGAAAAGGCGACCUAGUCGCAGUGGUGAGUGAGAACAGAAGUGAAGUUGUGACUGCGAUCCUUGCAGCCAUGUGCGCCGGCGCGUCGGUCACUUUGAUCAACAGUGCUUAUACUGCAGGCGAAUUUAUACAUACUGCUAGUAUAACUAAACCGAAAUAUAUGUUUUUAUCGCCAACUGGGUAUACGAAGCACCAAGAAACGCUGAGAAAGCUAACAUUCGUUAGCAAAAUUUGCUUAUUCGGUGAUUCUUCAUGGAAAGAAAUUAUAAGUUACAACGAUUUCGCUAAUAAGGAAGCUGAAUGUACAAAUUUCGUUGACUAUUACGGUCGUGUGGAAGUGGCCCUCGUACUGUACUCGUCGGGCACAACUGGGCUCCCUAAGGGCGCUAAGGUAACCCAUGCGAACCUAAUCGCCGCUGCCCAACAGCACGAUUUUUGUCCAGACAAGUCAGCACUUACACUUGCACCGUUGUGCAAUACUUUCGGCUUAACAACCACGUUGAAAGCAUUAGUAAAUGGCAAAACGGUCAUACACCUUUCGAGAUUUAAACAAGAGCUGUUUCUCGAAGCUAUUCAAAAAUAUAAGGUUCAGUCAUUGAUGGUAGCUCCACCAAUAGUAGUCUUGCUGAGCAAGUCACCUUUAGUAGAUAAUCAUGAUUUACGUUCUGUGGAAAUCAUUUAUUCUGGUGGGGCGCCUCUAGACGAGGGUGUCAUCAAAGAAGUAGAAAAAAGAUUACCUAAUCUACGUGUAUUACAAGGUUACGGAUCGACUGAAACAACUGGACCCAUUACAGAGGAAACAGUGGUUGACCAUAGACAAGGCAGUAUCGGAAAAGUUGUUCAAGGAAUUGUUAUUAAGGUGGUUGACAUUGAAUCCAGAAAGGUACUGGGCCCAGGUGAGCCGGGUGAAGUGUGCGUCAAUGGCGUCGUACUGUUUGAUGGCUACAUCGGCCAGCCCAAAUCAGAUUACUUCGACGAUGAUGGCUUUUAUAGAACUGGCGAUAUUGCUUACUACGACCAAGAUGGAUAUUUUUUCAUAAUUGACAGGCUAAAGGAACUUAUCAAAUAUAAAGCGUGGCAGGUAUCUCCUGCAGAAAUAGAAGGAGUACUGCUAAAGCACCCAGCAGUGAAAGACGCCGGCGUGAUAGGCGCCCCUGACCCGCUCUCUGGAGAGCUACCGACCGCUUUUGUGGUCAAACAACCGGGGGCAGAAGUCACGGAGAAUGACAUUAUUGAAUUUGUGUCUUUAGAGGUAUCACCGUGGAAACGGUUGCGUGGGGGUGUGAGAUUCGUCAGCGAGAUACCAAAGACUGGGAGCGGUAAAAUACUUCGACGAGUAUUGCGUGAAAUGUUGAAAGCUAAGAGCAAGAUAUAAUUUCAAAUGAAUAGAGUUUUUUUUAUAUAUUUACCCACUGCUAAAGAUAAUAACGUACAUGUUUGGGCGGAGUUGAAUAUACAUAGUUAUUUGUUUUACAAGUUGUUUUGCCAGCGAGUCAAACACAAAAAUGUUCACCACACCAACGCGAGGAAAAUACUAACUGUAAAACAUUACUAGUCGAAUCCAAAUAAACGCUAUUACAUUUUUA